AUGCGAUUGCCCCUCACCCUGAGUCUCAAUCCAUGGACAAACCAACAGCCCCACAUUGUAAACAGACGACAACAACCUGGAGAAUUUCUCGAUAAAUUCCUUCAAGAACUUCGAAAGCUCAGUAAGGACUGCAAUCUGAAAGCUGUAGCCGCAGAACAAUAUCGUGAACAGUUGAUCCGUGAUUCCUUCAUCAACGUUAUUGCUUCUCCUCUUAUACGGCAACGACUACUGGGAAACAAGACGCUUGAUUUCCAAAGUGGAUAUAAUCAGACAUAUACUCUGGACUUGGCUCAAAAUAAUUAUGAUGCUUAUGCUUCCCCAAUUGGACACACUGCUGCCAUACCAGCCGCUGAGCCAACUCAAGAGGCUGAUGUAAUAGCUCAAGAAAAAAUGCAGUAG